AUGUCGUUUUGCAGCAGCUGCCGCCCCCUCCCGCGCUGCGUCCCGGCUCUACGCCCUCGGCAGCACAACCUGUCCGUGUCGACGCGCGGCAAACCCUCACCUGCCGAUAUUCUCUCCAAGCCAACCUGGUCCGUGACGUCUCUCCGUCAUCACCCGCCGGCAGCACCGACAGCACGGGCGGCGCCGACGGAGGAGAUAACAAGGUCCCAGCUACACCAUCUCCUGCGCCUCGCGGCGCUGCCCUUGCCCCAGACGCCUUCGGAAGAAGACACCAUGAUUUCCACCCUCCGGGAGCAGCUCCACUUUGUUCGCGCCGUCCAGCGCGUCGACACAACGGGCGUCGAGCCGCUUUGCGCAAUCCGAGACGAGACGGACGAGGCCAGGCGCGAGAACACAGUCACGUUGGCAGAUAUGCGGCCGCUGCUGGAUGCCGAAGAGCACGUGGGCCAUUACAAGCGUCCCAGGAGGGUGCGAGCAAAGAUUGAAGACGAGAGCAGCGAGAAGUGGCAUGUUCUGGGCACCGCCAACAGGCGCGCGGGCAAGUAUCUUGUCGUGGAGAGCCAGAGGACGUGA